UGAGUAGACAAACAAUUUUUGGAUCUGGUGCUGAAAGAUGAGACUACUGGCUUUGGCUGUGGUUUGCGCUCUCAUUGCUAUCCAGGAUGGAGGGAGUGUGGGAGCAGCUCUGCCAGGAGUCGACCCUGCACAGAGAACACAUGCAACAGGAGCAGUGUCCUCUGCAUUCAGGAGAACAGCAGGCGACUUCCUGGCAGAGGAUCCCAGCCUCUGCUUUUCCCUGAGAGAGAACGAGGACCAGAGGCAGCUCCUUUGCAAUGAUCGCAGAAGUAAUUUCAACUACAACCCUCUCAGCCUUCGCUUUGGGAAACGCUACAAUGGCUACAUUUACAGAAGAGCUGUUAAAAGAGCCAGAACAAAAAAGUUUUCACCCUUCUCUCUGUUCUUGCGAGAACUGGAGGUACCCACCUGAAACAGAAGACUUUCUCUGGGGAAUUAUGUUAUUUGUUUGGAAAGUCAAACUGUGACAGCAGUGUUCUUAAAACUCUUUAUUUCAGAAAAAAAGGUUUCCCUGAUUAAAACUUUUGCACCUAUCUUUAAUGUAAAAUAAUUUUCAGAUGCUACAAUGGAGAGAACUAUGUAAAUAAAAUACUUUUAGAGAGC